AUCUGGCGCGACAGCGGGCACCGAGCCAUCUAGCAGAACCAUGAGCACUGGCCAUCUGGCGCGACAGCGGGCACCGAGCCAUCUGGCGCGACAGCGGGCACCGAGCCAUCUGGCGCGACAGCGGGCACCGAGCCAUCUGGCGCGACAGCGGGCACCGAGCCAUCUAGCAGAACCAUGAGCACUGGGUACCCAAGCUCGACAGCGGGCACCGAGUCAUCUGGCACGACAGCGGGCACCGAGUCAUCUGGCACGACAGCGGGCACCGAGUCAUCUGGCACGACAGCGGGCACCGAGUCAUCUGGCA